AUGACGAGAUACAAGAGAUUGGUCAUCGACAUAUUGGACGCAACCCUCGAUAUUCACUCCUAUCAAACAAUUGUCAGCACUUGGUCGACAGUCUCGUCAAGGAACUAUGCAAUGGGAAAGUCAUCAGUCAAGCGAAACUGGACGAGGAAUUAUCACUGGCCUCGCCAAAGAUUGCACGCGACUUGCUUGUGGGGAGGAUCAGAUCAAAGAUGGAUGCUGGGGGUGAGAGUGAGGAUAGUCCUUCGAUUAAAGAGCAUUUGGAAGCGAUAA